CUCAAAGAAUCCAAAACAAUUGAUCGCAAAAUGGCGCAACAAGGUGGAACGUAUCGAAAACCAUCCAGAUUUACAUUCGAAACGCACUUUGGGGCCCCUCGCAACGACCAGAAGACCGACCCUGUUUCGGAGGAGAGCGAAAGUCUCGUUCCAAAAGCAGAAACCAACAUAAUCCCACAGCCCAACUCUCCCUCGCAAGCCCGCGACCCAGAGGACUGGGAGCUGGUGGCGAAUCCCGAUACUGAGAAAGACGAACAUGAAUGCGUCGGCGGGUUCUCAAGUUCUUUCGAUCUCAAAGUCGGUUGGGGAACACGGAAAGUUACGUUGCUGAGUUGGUAUAUCAAGGUCGGCGAGCCUGCUUGCCGGAAUGCACAAAGGCGGAAGUUGGAGAGGGAGCGGCAGAAGGAGGGGAAGAAAGAGUCAAGGGAAGCGAUGAAUACCCCCGAUCACAAGGAAUUGCUUUGAGUUUGUCAUUUUGUCUGGAC